AUGCGCCCCCUAAACACAUUUACAACGCUCUCCCUUUUCCUCCUAGGAGGCAUCUCCGCGAGCCCAACCCCUCCAACUAAAAGAUGGGACUUCAACCCUUCCCGAAACCCCGCCUACCAGCUGGACAUAGUCGACCAACUCCUAGUCAACACCAUGCCCAAAGUCGAAUCAUGGAUGUCCCUCAAAAACGCUACCAACGGCUGCACCCUCGAGAAGGCUGCCAUCCGCCGCGAAUGGAGCGACCUCUCUGUCCCCGAGCGAGAGGAAUACAUACGCGCGGUUUUGUGUCUGCAAUCCUUGCCCUCCAAGGCUCCCAAGGAUCAGGUUCCCGGGGCGAGGAGUCGAUUUGAUGACUUCGUUGCGACGCAUAUUACGCAGGCGUUUGACUUACAUAGUCCGAGGAAGUUGUUUGCCGCGCAUAGGUAUUUUAUUUGGGCUUAUGAGAAGGCAUUGAGGGAGGAGUGUGGGUAUACGGGGUAUCAGCCUUACAUGAACUAUGAGCGAUAUGCAGAUGAUCCGCUCAACUCGCCUCUGUUUGAUGGCAGUCCAUCGAGUAUGUCGGGGAACGGACUGCCUGAACCGUAUCCAGGAGUCCCACAAGGGUUUCCGAGACCAUAUAAUAUGAUUCCUCCGGGAGAUGGAGGCGGCUGUGUCACGACGGGGCCGUUUAAGGACAUGGUCGUCAACCUCGGCCCCCGUGGCGGUGUUCUGCCAAACCUCCCGCGCAACCCGCGCGCUGACGGGCUCGGGUACAACCCACGCUGCUUGCGGCGAGACGUCAAUAAGAACUCUGUUGCCGGCGCCAGGGCCAACUACACGUACAGCCUCAUCAUGGAUCACCCGGAUGUGGACAGCUUUUAUAAUCGCUAUUUGGGCCAGCCGUUUUUGAGGGGGGAUCCGUAUCCUUGGGGGUUGCACAGCGCAGGACACUACCUCAUCGGCGGCGAUCCAGGCGGUGACUUCUACUGCUCCCCUGGCGAUCCCCUCUUCUACUUCCACCACGGCAUGCUCGACCGGGUCUGGUGGAUCUGGCAGAUGCAGGACCCGGAGAACCGUGUCAAUGCCGUCCCGGGAGAGCCCGACACCUGGGGUCCGGGUGACGGUAGUGGACACAUUCAUGGGAAGAGACAGGGCAGCGGCAGCAGCAGCGUGUGGGAGGAUGUCAUUGAUCUAGGAUGGACAGCGCCCCCGGUGAAGUUGAUGGAUUUGAAUGAUCAGCUUGGGGGAUUGGGUGGGGAGUUGUGUUAUAUUUAUGCUUGA